AUGCCGGGGUUUGAUGCCGGGAAGCUGAAGUCCUCAGCAGAUUGUCUUGAGGUCAACAAGGGCUAUAGUCCAGAGAACAACCCAAAGGUCCGUGUGAAGACGCUUCCGUGGGAUACGACGGUUCUCGGUUAUGCCCAACACACAAGCAUCGACACGGCAUCUGAGCCCAUUGUCGCAAAUUGCAAAGCGUUCCUGGUGAAGCGCGACUUGAUACUUCCCACAAUUGAUAAGUACAGCAAAUUCUACAGCAUUCCCGACCAGACCACGAUAGUCAGGUUUUGA